AUGGAUGCGUCCCGGUGCCCGGCCGAGCGCGGGCUGUGGCGGGUGCUGCUGCUCGGGAGCCUGUGGCUGGGCCACGCGCGCUCCGUGCUGGCCUGCCCGGCCAACUGCCUCUGCAGCAGGACGGAGAUCAGCUGCCGCCGGCCGGACGACGGCAGCCUCUUCCCGCUGCUGGAAGGGCAGGACUCGGGAGGCAGCCCGGGCAACGCCAGCGUCAACAUCACCGACAUCUCCCGGAAUAUCACCUCCAUACACAUAGAGAACUGGCGGGGGCUGCACACACUCAACGCGGUGGACAUGGAGCUGUACACGGGACUCCAGAAGCUGACCAUCAAGAACUCGGGCCUCAGGAGCAUCCAGCCCAGAGCCUUCGCCAAGAACCCGCACUUGCACUACAUAAACCUGUCCAGUAACCGGCUCACCACGCUCUCCUGGCAGCUCUUCCAGACGCUGAGUCUUCGGGAAUUGAGGCUGGAGCAGAACUUCUUCAACUGCAGCUGUGAUAUUCGAUGGAUGCAGCUGUGGCAGGAGCAGGGGGAGGCCAGGCUGAACGCCCAGAGCCUCUACUGCAUCGGCCCCGACGGCGCACAGCUCCCGCUCUUCAAGAUGAACAUCAGCCAGUGUGACCUCCCCGAGAUCAGCGUGAGCCACGUGAACCUGACGGUGCGCGAAGGGGAUAAUGCUGUCAUCACCUGCAACGGCUCCGGGUCGCCGCUGCCCGACGUGGACUGGAUGGUCACCGGCCUGCAGUCCAUCAACACCCACCAGACAAAUCUGAACUGGACCAACGUGCACGCCAUCAACCUGACCCUGGUGAACGUGACCAGUGAGGAUAACGGCUUCACCCUGACCUGCAUCGCCGAGAACGUGGUGGGCAUGAGCAACGCCAGCGUGCCCCUCACCGUCUACUACCCCCCACGCGUGGUGAGCCUGGAGGAGCCGGAGGUGCGGCUGGAGCACUGUAUCGAGUUCGUGGUCCGCGGGAACCCGCCGCCCACCCUGCACUGGCUCCACAACGGGCAGCCGCUGCGCGAGUCCAAGAUCACCCACGUGGAGUUCUACCAGGAGGGCGAGGUCGCCGAGGGCUGCCUGCUCUUCAACAAGCCCACGCACUACAACAACGGCAACUACACCCUUGUGGUCAAGAACCCACUGGGCACGGCCAACCAGACCAUCAGCGGCCACUUCCUCAAGGAGCCCUUUCCAGAGAGCACAGACAUCUUUGAUUUCGACUCUGAAGUGAGCCCCACGCCCCCCAUCACUGUGACCCACAAGCCAGAGGAAGACACUUUUGGGGUGUCCAUUGCGGUUGGACUGGCUGCUUUUGCCUGCGUCCUGCUGGUAGUUCUCUUCAUCAUGAUCAACAAGUAUGGCCGACGGUCCAAAUUUGGAAUGAAGGGUCCCGUGGCCGUCAUCAGCGGCGAGGAGGACUCAGCCAGCCCUCUGCACCACAUCAACCACGGCAUCACCACCCCCUCCUCCCUGGACGCGGGGCCCGACACGGUGGUCAUCGGCAUGACCCGCCUGCCCGUCAUCGAGAACCCCCAGUACUUCCGCCAGGGCCACAACUGCCACAAGCCGGACACCUGGGUCUUUUCAAACAUAGACAAUCAUGGGAUAUUAAACUUGAAGGACACUAGAGACCACCUAGUCCCAUCAACCCACUAUAUAUAUGAGGAGCCCGAGGUCCAGAGUGGGGAUGUGUCUUACCCAAAGUCACAUGGUUUCAGAGAAAUUAUGUUGAAUCCGAUAAGUCUUCCUGGACACUCUAAGGCUCUUAACCAUAGCCUCUAUGUUGAGGAUGUCAAUGUGUAUUUCAGCAAAGGACGCCAUGGCUUUUAAAAAAAACACACAACACAAACCUUCUUCUAAACCUCCUUGUUCUGAUGUCACCUUGGUAGGCUGGGGCCUCUGAGCGGUUGGAAGCGCUAGGCAUCAUCUUUCUCUUUGUUCCUCUUUUUUUGGUUUUUGUUUUUGGAUCUGGGGAUGCGAAAUAGACACUGUGUGAGCCCCGGAGUCCGGACAUAAGAUGGGCGAUUCCCUUUCCCUCCUUCUUCCAGUCAUCACAGUAUUCCCUUUUUUUUUUGUUUCUCCCCGUUCUGGCCUGUGAGACUCCUGCCGCCAUCUUUAGGGCCAAUAGAGAGAAUGAAAAAAAAAGCAAGCAAACAAACAAACCCCUGUGGACCAGGAACUAUUUUCUAUACACAGUAGUCAUUCUCUCUCUCAAAAACACCAACCCAACCCAACCACCACCAGCAGCAGCAGCAGCAGCAGCAAGCGUGAUGAAGCCCAGCCCAGCCACGUCCUGGCCUCACUUUUCCUGCCUGGAAGCCUGGGAUCUCCCAGGCUCUUCCCGGGGGGGGGGGGUGCCACGCAGUCCUCCGGUGGUCUGGUUACCCUCCCUGCAGUCCUGCAGCGGGAGGACUCUCGGAGAGCCAGCGUCUCAGGAGCCACUGGCCAGCUCUGGUCCCAGCCUAGCUCGCGGAGGAAAGAAUGGAAGCCUAUCGUGUUUGUUUUUUUUUUUUCAUUUUUUUUCUCCUAUUUUUGUUUUUAUUUUUGGUGGAGAAAGAAACAACAGCCCACUUGUGCCCUGCCCCGUCUCCUCUCUGGUGCGGCUCGGUGAGGGUGGCCCUGGGGACAUUCCUGGGAGAGCAUUUCUUCUGCUUCUGCUCUGGCGGGUGUGGCCGCAGGAGCUCUUGCCCGGGGACUGGCCAUCCGCCUAAGACCACCGGGGACCCGGGCCCUUCCUGCUAGCCCGUAGCCCGGGGAGGGGUUCUCUCCCUCCUGCUUCCUCUGAUUCUUCACCCAGAACUCUUGGAGCCCAGUGGGAUCGCCAUGUCGAGGUCAAGAUGGACGGAAGGGGAAGAGAAAGUCAAACUCGGUCUCCUCCAGCCCCUUUCUGGUGGCCCUGGCGGAAGUGUCGCCCUGUUCUCUGGUCAAUCUGUGUGUUCACUCUGCUUGCUUUCACUCAUGCCUUACUCCACGGCCACCCUCUUUCCCUCCUUCUCUCUCUCUCUCCCCCCUCCCUCCCUUUGCUCUCCCCACCUCCCCCCCACCCAUACCCUCAAUUCUCAGCUUGACCCACUGGGGAGAGGGAAGAGGAUGAGGUACCUUGAUAGGAAAGGUUGACAUACUCCCACACCUCCGUGGCUGAGUCGGAGUCUGGCUUGGCCCAGCUCUCCCUAUGACC